GCCAGAGACCCGGUUCCCGCCGUUGAUGCCCGAAGAUGAAGGGCGGACGCCCCACACGAUCACAUGCAGGCAUGCAUGCUUGCAUGCAUGACUGACUAAGUCGCCCGCAAGAAGACGCGCCCCGAACGUCCACUUCCCGAUCCACCUUUUACCAGACGCAAAACAUGGUUCUUGGCAAGGUAGCCCACUACGCCUUCGAUGCAGUACUGAUCUCUGCGUUCCUCGCUGGCGUGCGACGCUCAACCGGCCUCACUCCUAGUAUCAAGCCCGACCAGUUCGCCGAGACCCCUGGCAUGAAGAAAUGGAUUGAUAACUACCUAUGGGUGGGCGAAACGGUCAUGGACCAGAGCGUUGCGUUUUUCGCAUCGAGUUCCUAUUUCGAGCGAAAGCGGUAGAACCCUGCUGGAAAGGGGGGACGUUGAGGACAAUACCCACGGCCAGACAGUGUUAGGUCGGCCAGCUUUGUGUGGCUGGUGGAGAUAUGGCUUGGGCGUGAAGAGGGGGCAAGUUGUACACGUCGGCAAGCGCGGCACGAAGACCAUGAUUAACGAGACGAAACUGCUCCUU